AUGUCUGCCACAACCACCCCAACUGCCCAGCAGGUUCUCAUCCCUGAGACUCUCUUGAAGAAGCGCAAGAGUCAAGCCAAGGAGAGAGAGGCAAGAGCCGCUGAGACCGAGAAGGUCAAGAAGGCCAACAAGGAGAAGCGUGGUGUCAUCUUCAAGCGUGCUGAGAAGUACGUUAAGGAGUACCGUGAUGAGGAGCGUGAGAAGAUCCGUCUUGCUCGUGUCGCCAAGCAAUCUGGUUCUUUCUACAUCCCAGCUGAGCCUAAGUUGGUCUUCGUUAUCCGUAUCAAGGGUAUCAACAAGAUCGCACCAAAGCCCCGCAAGAUCCUCCAGCUCCUCCGUCUUCUUCAAAUCAACAACGGUGUCUUCGUUCGCAUGACCAAGGCUACCCUCGAGAUGCUCAAGGUCGUCGAGCCAUGGAUCGCCUAUGGUUACCCCAACCUCAAGACCGUUCGUGAGCUCGUCUACAAGCGUGGUUACGGAAAGGUCGAUAAGCAACGCAUUGCUCUUACCGACAACUCCAUCAUCGAGGCCAACCUCGGCAAGUACGGUAUCGUCUGUAUGGAAGAUUUGAUCCACGAGAUCUUCACUGUUGGCCCCAACUUCAAGCAAGCUGCCAACUUCCUCUGGCCAUUCAAGCUCAGCAACCCAACUGGUGGUUUCCGCCCAAGAAAGUUCAACCACUACGUUCUCGGUGGUGACCUCGGUAACCGUGAGGAGAAGAUCAACGCUUUGGUCAGACAAAUGAACUAAAGCAGGUGAUGGGACUGGGGAUAUUUUUCUUUGGCUUAGCGUUUACUGGCAUGUAUGGCGUAUAAGAAACCAAAUGAAUGAUACACUUCUAUGAAUUAAUUGAUACCAUUUUGAUUUUAUUGCAAAACAA